ACUGUAUCUCCUGUCACUUUGGUGUCACUUGUCUGUCCAAGUGCCUCGGGCUAAGCGCGCAGCUCGCUGUCCUUUAAUUCCAUCGAUAACCCGGCCAACGCAUCUAUCACCGCCCGGGCGCCGCUGACUGCCAUCUGUGCAAGCAAAGUGGCGGUGGACUGCGGUUGCACACUAGCACAACUUCUUCUCUUCUUACUUCUUUCACUAGCAUCACGGAUGGCGGCAACUGCAGAUGGCAGGGUGUUAAAACGCGCGAUCCAGGGCACGAUCCAAGACAAAUUCCUUGUAGGCUAUCAAGGAUGGUUCACAUGCGGUGGAGAUGGUCCUCCUAUCGGUCCAGGGCACCACGGCUGGCUACAUUGGGUCAACCAACCCCUCCCGCCACCCUCCUCCGGACGUCCGAACACGGAUCUCUGGCCUGACACGUCGGAAUACUCGCCGUCGGAGCUGUACGACGUCGCGGGGCUGACGCACAGAGACGGGACGCCGGCGCGAGUGUUCAGCAGUCGUGACGCGCGGACAGUCCGGAGGCAUUUCAAGUGGAUGGCGAUACAUGGGGUCGAUGGCGCCUUUCUGCAGCGGUUCGUAGGGGAGGUUGAUCCAGCGCCGGAGGGCAAUCGGGACGGGGCAGGCACGAGGGGCUUGAGAGACGAGAUCGGAAGAAGGGUUCGGGAGGCUGCGGAGGCCGAGGGUCGGGUGUGGGCUGUGAUGUACGAUGUGUCUGGCGUCCCGGAGGCUGAUCUCGAAAGGAUCCUCACCCUCGAUCUGGCGCAUUUGAUCAACGAGGAACGGAUUUUCGAUUCGCCAGCUUACUUGCGCGACCAUGGCCGCCCGGUGCUCGGGAUCUGGGGUCUGGGCAUGUCCGACUCACCCGUUUCACAUCACAGCGCUCGCCGGAUCCUGCAAGCUAUGCGGUCCAUCGCGGGCCAGUUGUAUAUCUUCGCCGGUGUACCAUCGCAUUGGCGUUCACCUGGCCAAGGUGACGCUCACGGGGACCCGGGAUGGUCAGACUUGUGGCUAGGCAAAGAUGGAAUGGUAGAUGCACUGUCGCCUUGGUCAGUGGGCCGAUAUAGCACUGUUGAGGAAGUCGAUCGAUGGGCAGAAGAGCGGUGGGGUGGUGACGGGGACUUGAUUUCAAGGCACAACGAAAGAUCGGAGGGAAGAAAGGUAGACUAUGCACCUGUAGUGCUGCCUGGCGGCUCAGGUUUCAACCUAUCAGAAGGCAAAUGGGCGUUCAACGGGAUCAAGAGACAGGGUGGCAAGUUCCUGUGGUCCCAAAUCUUCCACGCAAAGCGUACGAAGGGCGUGCGUGUUAUGUAUGGUGCUAUGUGGGAUGAAUAUGACGAAGGAACGGCAUUUCUUCCCGUCAUCGAGCACAAACGUCUUCUUCCCGAACAUGACCGCUGGCCUUUUCUUUCUCUGGACGAAGAUGGAUACGAUCUACCCUCGGACUGGUACAUGCGCAUUGCAGGAUUCGCAGCCGAGGGACUUCGCAGUGAGCGGCGGGUGUUUGACUCCUUCCCGAGCAAAGAACUGCAGGAUUACUGGUCGUCGAGGCCGAGAUACGAGGAGCAGGCGACCCCCUCGGCGGCGUCAGGAUCCUCGUCUGCGGAGACACGGGAGACGUUGACGCCCGCGGAGAUCGCAGCGCAGGAACAAUUCGAGGCGUGGAGUGCCGAACAGAGGAGGAAGGAAGCGGAGACCCAGGAGAUGCCUCCACCCGCGUAUACUCUGGUGGAUGAGCAGGAAGGCUCAUCAGUGCCGCCUGUGAUGGCAUCUCCUCCAGCUGCGGCGGCACCAGUCGUACAACCUGCUGCGACACCCGUGUCCGCAUCGACGCCGCAGCAAAGUUCCGGACCUGCAACUUCUGCGUCGCCUUCGCCUCAGCUCAACUACAAUUCGCGGCCAGGGAUCGACGCAGCAGUCAAUGAUCUGGCUUCUGACUUUAGGAGACAGCGCAUCGAUUCGCAGCCGCCGUUGCAUCCAAACCAAGCAGCUGCUGCUACUGGCCGACAUGGCAGCUUCCAAGGCGCAGUCACCAAUCCUGGAGCGAACCAAGCUGCGAUAGAGAGACCGCCGCUACACCCAACGCAUCCUCAGGCCGGCAGGGUCAACAGCACUGGCUCUGUCCAGCCGUCUAGCACACCACCCGCUGCAUCGUAUCAACAGCCGCAGAGUGCCUCCACAUACACCCCUGCACCUGGCGGAUAUCCCGGCCCGCACCAACCAGCCUCAAAUUCAUAUCAGUCCCCUGCGUCUAGUCAGAUGCAAUAUCAGCAGCCGGGAUCUGCCUCGAGUUAUGCGCCUCCCUCCGGUUCCCCAGGGGCUCAAUUCGGGGCAGCUCCAUCCAGUUAUGCACAAGGCUCGAGCACACCGCGCCCGCAGCAGGCUACGGGGACAUCCUCUUAUGGAUACACCCCUUCGAGUCCCUCACACUCUGGCUACCGUCCUCCGUCAGGGCCCCCACCGGCCUCCGGUAGCUACGCCCCUCCCAGUCCGGUAACCCAGGCACGCCCGCAAACAACACUUCCGGGGCAGAUCUACCAGUCGAAUCAAGUUCCCACGCCAGCUCCGCGCCCUGCUUCGGCCCGUCCUGCCCCUGGGCCGGGGCCUGUCACGGGACAUGGACGGCCAGGCUCGCACUCUCCUUCUCAUGGAUAUCCAGGCCCACGACCCAAUUCGGCCAUGUCUCAUCAGACCUCGGCAUAUCCUGGCCAACAUAAACACAACGGAUCGCCGACUCUGCAUCCCGGGCAGUCUGGUCGGCCGACAACUCCUAAUUAUCCUGCUCCUCAUGGUCGGCCGGCAAGUCAUAGUCAUCCUGCUCCUCAUGCUCCCCAUGGUCAACCUAGUUAUCCUGCUCCUCAUGCCCCGCCGGCAACUCCCAGUCACCCUGCUCCCCAUGGUCAGCCGGCAACUCCUAGUUAUCCUGCUCCUCCUGCUCCUCCUGCUCCUCCGGCAAUUCCAGCAUUUCCCGCCUCAGUUGGACCACCUCCAUCUCCACAGCCAUCGUUCCCGUGGGCCAAUCAGGGCGCAGCCUGGCCGCCGUUCCCUGCGUAUGAUCAAUCCAGGUAUCCGCCCUUCCCGGGCUCAGAUUCGGGGUCAGGCUACUUUGGCCAACCAGCAUUCCCGAAUCCUGGAUCAGGGUAUUCUCCGCCGCAGCCUGACCCAUAUUAUCAGGGUCAGGGUCAAUGGGCGCCUCCGCCGCUGCCGCAAAGACCUGGAACUGCUUUCCCGACUCCCAGCCCAGGGUCCGGCCCAGGAUUCCCGACGCCCGGAGGCACCAGCGCAUCCAGUACUGGAAUGCUAGGAUUUAUGGCCUCGCCGAUGGAGAGACUUGUGGGGAGACGUACCAGGGAGCAGAUAGAGGACACUGUGGACAGUUUGGCUCAUUCGAGCUCAAAACUGCUGAAUAAAUUCCGAUAGGUAGCACUCGUAAUUGGACAUUGAAAUAUGUCUCGAUCACAUUUUGACCAGGAGAGUAAUCCAUAUGCAAAGUCGAGUCUCAGUACAAGUAAUGACAUCGCCUGAGGUGACGGGCGACACAACGGUAGAUUAGUGCUACAAGAUCCUCAGACCUCCUGUACAGAAAGCAAAUCAUCCAGCUCCCUCAAGCGAUGUUCACAGCUCUCCUUCUCCGCCAACUUGGCCUCAAGACUGGCAAUCUCCCUGUCAAUGCCCAUCCGCUCUUCGGCUGUUCCAACUCGCGUCAGCGUCCAGCCACCGGAUCCAUCUCCCUUGAGUGUCA